CGGAGCGGCGGCCCCGCAGGCCCAGGGGUGCGCAGUUCCCGCGCCACCGCCCCCUCACUGCAGGUGGCCGCGGGCGCGCGGGGUCCGGGCGGCGUGGGGCGCGGGAGAGCCCGGCCGAGGGAUGGGCUGCGCCCCCAGCAUCCACGUCUCGCAGAGCGGCGUGAUCUACUGCCGGGACUCAGACGAGUCCAACUCGCCCCGCCAGACCUCCGGCGUGUCGCAGGGCCCCGCGGCGCCCCUACACGGCCUCUUCGUGCAGACCGACGCCUCCGACGCCGUCCCCGCGGGCCGCGCACCGGGACCCCUGGGUGCCGUCCGCGUCCGCAGGGCCCGCGCCGAGCUGGGCAGCGGCAGCAGCGAGGGCUCCACAGCCCCCGCCGGGACCACCUGCCGGGGCCGGAGGCGCCACUGCUGCGCCAGCGCCGAGGCCGAGACCCAGACCAGCUACACCAGCGUGCAGCAGGUGUCUUCUGCAGAGGUGCGCAUCGGGCCCAUGAGACUGACGCAGGACCCUAUUCAGGUUUUGCUAAUCUUUGCAAAGGAAGAUAGUCAGAGUGAUGGAUUCUGGUGGGCCUGCGACAGAGCUGGUUACAGAUGCAACAUUGCUCGGACUCCAGAAUCAGCCCUCGAAUGCUUUCUAGAUAAGCAUCAUGAAAUUAUUGUCAUUGAUCACAGGCAGUCUCGGAACUUCAAUGCAGAAGCAGUGUGCAGGUCGAUCCGGGCCACGAACCCCUCGGAGCACACAGUGAUCCUCGCGGUGGUGUCACCAGCAUCUGAUGACCAUGAAGAGGCCUCAGUCCUUCCUCUUCUCCAUGCAGGCUUCAACCGGAGAUUUAUGGAGAAUAGCAGCAUAAUUGCUUGCUAUAAUGAACUGAUUCAAAUAGAACAUGGAGAAGUUCGCUCACAGUUCAAGUUACGGGCCUGUAAUUCAGUGUUUACAGCAUUAGACCACUGUCAUGAAGCCAUAGAAAUAACAAGCGAUGACCACGUGAUUCAGUAUGUCAACCCAGCCUUCGAGAGGAUGAUGGGCUACCACAAAGGGGAGCUCCUGGGGAAAGAACUGGCCGAGCUGCCCAAGAGUGACAAGAACCGGGCAGACCUUCUUGACACCAUCAAUACAUGCAUCAAGAAGGGAAAGGAGUGGCAGGGGGUUUACUAUGCCCAACGGAAGUCCGGGGACAGCAUCCAACAGCACGUGAAGAUCACUCCGGUUAUUGGCCAAGGAGGGAAAAUUAGGCAUUUUGUCUCACUCAAGAAGCUGUGUUGUACCACUGACAAGAAUAAGCAGAUGCACAAGAUUCAUCGUGACUCCGGAGACAUUUCUCAGACAGAGUUUCACUCCGCGCGGCACAAGAACAGGAGGAAAGAGUCCAUUGAUGUUAAGUCCAUUUCGUCCCGAGGCAGUGACGCCCCGAGCCUGCAGAACCGUCGCUACCCAUCCAUGGCAAGGAUCCACUCCAUGACCAUCGAAGCGCCCAUCACGAAGGUUAUAAAUAUCAUCAAUGCAGCCCAAGAAAACAGCCCAGUCACAGUAGCAGAAGCCUUGGACAGAGUUCUGGAAAUUCUACGGACCACAGAACUCUACUCUCCUCAGCUGGGAACCAAAGAUGAAGACCCGCACACUAGUGACCUAGUUGGAGGCCUGAUGACUGAUGGGUUGAGAAGGUUGUCAGGAAAUGAGUAUGUCUUCACGAAGAAUGUGCACCAGAGUCAUAGUCACCUCGUGAUGCCUGUCACCAUCAAUGAUGUCCCCCCGUGUAUCACCCAGCUGCUCGAUAAUGAGGAAAGCUGGGACUUCAACGUCUUUGAGCUGGAAGCAGUCACACAUAAAAGGCCAUUGGUUUACUUGGGCUUAAAGGUCUUCUCCCGGUUUGGAGUGUGUGAAUUUCUAAACUGCUCCGAAACCACCCUUCGGGCGUGGCUCCAAGUGAUUGAAGCCAACUACCACUCCUCCAAUGCCUAUCACAACUCCACCCAUGCUGCGGAUGUCCUGCACGCCACGGCUUUCUUCCUCGGAAAGGAAAGAGUCAAGGGAAGCCUUGACCAGCUGGAUGAGGUGGCAGCGCUGAUUGCUGCCACAGUCCAUGAUGUGGAUCAUCCUGGAAGGACGAACUCCUUCCUGUGCAAUGCCGGCAGUGAGCUCGCUGUGCUCUACAACGACACUGCAGUAUUGGAGAGUCACCACACAGCCUUGGCCUUCCAGCUCACCGUCAAGGAUGCCAAAUGCAACAUUUUCAAGAACAUUGACAGGAACCAUUAUCGAACGCUGCGCCAGGCUAUUAUUGACAUGGUUUUGGCAACAGAGAUGACAAAACACUUUGAACACGUGAACAAAUUUGUGAAUAGCAUCAACAAGCCAAUGGCAGCUGAGAUUGAAGGUGGUGACUGUGAGUGCAGCCCGGUGGGGAAGAACUUCCCUGAAAACCAGAUCCUCAUCAAGCGCAUGAUGAUCAAGUGUGCCGACGUGGCAAACCCCUGCCGCCCUCUGGACCUGUGCAUCGAGUGGGCCGGGAGGAUCUCUGAAGAGUACUUCGCACAGACAGAUGAAGAGAAGAGACAGGGGCUGCCCGUGGUGAUGCCCGUGUUUGACCGCAACACCUGCAGCAUCCCCAAGUCCCAGAUCUCCUUCAUUGACUACUUCAUCACAGACAUGUUUGAUGCUUGGGACGCCUUUGCACACCUGCCAGCCCUGAUGCAGCACCUGGCUGAUAACUACAAACACUGGAAGACAUUAGAUGACCUGAAGUGCAAAAGUCUGAGGCUGCCGUCAGACAGCUAAGCCAAGCCAGAGCAGGGGACCUCUCGACCUACAAAGGGCACUGUGAACCACAGGAGUGUAUGCAAGAGGCUGUCCUCUGUAACACAUGACAGUGUAGGUUAAGGAGCUAAGGACUGAUAUUAACCUUGAAUCAUGCAAGUCCCCAAAUUUCAGUUUUAGCAAGUUAAGUACCAUGAAGAAAAAUACACAUUCUUUUGAACAGUCACUUAGUAAAAGAACAAAUACUUGGCAAAUCCUCUACCACGCCGUCAUUCUGUGCACCUGUUUCACACCCUAGAGCUGAGUCGCUGUAACUGCCAGGAGACAGCAAUGGCUGGUGCCUGUGAGGUCAUCCCCAGGUGGUGACCAAGUAGCUUAGCUAGUGUUUGGUUCGUCUCUUACCAUACAAGUCACCAUUGCUGUUUAGCUUGACUGUUCUCAAGAGCAUCGGUCUGAAGGAUUGCUCAGAAGCUUAUCUGAACAGAUAUACCUAAGAAAAAGGUUACAUAAAAUGAGCAAAACAACUGGGACCAAAUUGUUGAUGAACUAGUUAGCUUCACAGCUUCCAUGGUUAGGUGGCUCUUCUGUUCAGUGGUGGGACACCCCAGUUAGAGAGCAGCCUUGGCCUGGUGAGCGCCCCCUCCUGGGUGUCAGCAACCUGUGCGGCCCUCUGCUCUAAAGGAAGGGGAAGCCAUCCACGAGGGGGGAGGAGUAGCUUCACUCUUGGGGGAACCUAUGAGAUUCCCUUACUUCUGGCUCACGGAGGCAGCCAUGAGGCACUAUGCUGAGUAUUACACAAAAGCCAUCAAAUCUAAAUCCCCUUGGACAAGCAUUUUUUUAAAAAAAAAAUUUAUAUACAUUUGCUGUCUAAAAUUUUUAUGAAAACUAUCUAAAUUUCCUGGGUCUAGGCCCAUGGAGUUUGUUGUACCGUGCACCACCUAAACGUAUAUAUUUGGGGAAGGGAUGGGGAAGUUUCAAGGUUCAAAUAUUUUUAACUUACCUAUAUUUGAGAUCAUGCCAUCUGCUCUAGUGAUAUAUAAAAGGAAUUGCAGGAUGUAUAAAUAUAUCAGAAUAUGGAGAGUAAAUACUAUUUUAAGCUAUUAAUUGUAUGCUAAAAGCUUCUGAAGCACAAGUGCAUAUUUUUAUACAGCUCUUUUCACAACUUUCUGUGAUCUACAUAAACUCAGACUUGGGAUUUUUCUUUCUUUUACCAACCCUUCUCUAUGUAUUGUGAAUAUUAGAAACUUAGUAAACAAAAUAUCUUAAGUUUCUCUCUCUGUACUCCAUGCUGCAUUUCUAAGAGAUAUAAACAGGGACUGAAUUAACUGAAGCAGUAGUUAUUUUUCCAAAUGAAAAUCAGAAUGCAGAACACAUGAAACUGGUACAUGGAAAGAAAAAAAUGACUUAUCACUACAUCAUGUGCCAAUGUUUUUUUCUAUGUUUUGUACCAAAAAUGGAAACAUAUAUGACAAUUCCAUGCAAAGAAAUGUAUCUAAAUUAUUUUUGUUAGAUGAGAAGAGAAUUUGCUUGGUUGGAACAGCAGCCAGCUUUGUAUUGUAAUGCUGCAUUAUGUAAAUGUGAUGAAAUGUUUUUGUGAAGUACCUGUAACUAAAUUCCUACAGCCAUUUUUCAUCCCCAACAGCUGUUUUUAUUUUACCUCUUUGGCCUAAAUUUUUCAUAAUUUCAAA